UCACCUCAACUCAUCUUGGCUCCAGAGAACCUGGACAUCUACGUUAUUGAUUGGCCGUCGUCGAAGUUGGAAAUUGCAGUAGCACAAAAUGACCCUUCCAGACAUUUGUGGGAGAAACCAAUGAAGGCCGUGAACUUCGUUGAUGAACAGGAUAAUAAUUCACAUCCAUUCACUAUCACUUCAGUGGCGAAAACAAUAUUUGAAUCCCUUAAGGCAGAGUUUCCGAGAUUGAAGGAAAUAGUCCAAACUAUCCCCAAUGACGAAGAGCGUAAACAACUGGAGGAGUAUGUUCAAGGCUUGACGGAAGCGUUGGCGGAGGAAGAAAGUAGUUCUGACAUCGAUUCCAUCUUCUUCAUCAAUUGCGCAUUGACUUCGUGGACUUUGCUUCUCUAUAAGUUAGCUCGCUCAAUUAAGGAGUUUAGCCAACAUGAAAAGAAUCCAUAUAGAAAUACAAGCUCAGGCAGUGGGUCUCGUGUCGAACCUGAUGAAAGUAAAGAAACGCAGAUGGACGAAGCACAUGACCAAGUGAAGACACUUACAUGUGACCUUGAGGCUUUGACUACGCAAACACCGGGAAAUGAACAUGAGUCUGGAAGCCAGAAUUCUAAUCCAGCGGACUCGAACAAAGAAAAAGACCUCCGAGACGCCACCAAUUCGAUGGAAACUUAA